CACAGAUGCAGAGAGACCAAAAUGACGUUCAACAGCAUUGAGAGAGAUCAAAGGAGUAAAAAGAAAUGGCUUUUGGUUGUAUAGUUAAAAGGGAGGUAAUUUGUUCUACACGGUAGAGAGAGCCAGAAUGUCAAUACUACAGGGCCCCCGAUAACGAGUCAAAACAGUGUUAAAAAAAGACCCACCUAGCCACGCCCCCAUACCAAACUAACUUUUGAAGGAUCCUGUGGAAGACCCCAAUUGAAGAAAGCCAAGGACUGGAAAAACAGAGUGCUUCCUUGGCAGUUUCACUCAGUCAGAGAGAGAGAGAGAUAGAGAGAGAGAGAGACCAAAAUGGUGUUCAACAGCAUGCUGGUGCUGUCAGUGGCACACGUGUCAGCUGACGCGUGGCAAUGCCUGACAUGCAUACCGGACCGCCUCAGCAGCCACCAGCUCUUAGAUCUCAUCUGUUGCUUUCCUCUGCAGCAACUGGGUCGUCUCGCUCUGUGCCUCUGGACCUUCCUCUGCCUUCCCCCUCCCGAUUCCUUCUACUCCUAUGCUUACACUGAUUCUGAUGAUUCAUCCACAACCGUUGACUACGAUGACUAUUACUACGACUCCCACUCUGAUUGAUUCCUCGAUCAUUUCGUCUUGUUUGAGUUUCCUGCACGGUUGUUCGUUAGCAUGGAUCUGUUUAUAAAUUACUCAUUGAGUCGGUGGAUUUGGAUUAAAGAAGUUGCUACUAGAAGUGUUAUAUCCUAUAAGCUUCAACACAUUUUCAAAUACUACUAGGGGAGAGAGUGUGUUAUGAAAGAAGUGGUCAAAGAAUCAUGUUUAUAAGAGCUUAGUAUGCUGGUAUUUCAAUUUGAGGACUGGUGGAAAAUUCUAGGGAGCUGCAACCUUUUGGAAAGUAUGAGUUGAUUACUUGCUCAAAUUAUCAUGUUAUAUCAGGAAACAAGGAUCUACCUUUUGAUGAUGGUUGAAAGGACCGAGAUAAGACUAAUGCCUUAGAGAUGUUUAUAGAGUAAAUAAAAAUAAUAAUAAUCCAUAUAUACCUCAAUAAACUCCAUCCUUUUGAGUGGUACCUGUUCAUACUGACGGAGAAUCCCAACUCAUAACCAAGAAGAAACAUGUUUAGCAAAAGAAUACUCUCAAUACUGUUUGCAUGUCAUAUAGCAUAAGCAUGACCAAUGGCGCAAUAGAAACGGUGAAGCAGUAGUAACCCUGGCCUGAAGACGACUCAAUUUAGGUGUCUUUGGUUUGUAAAGCAAGUUUAUGCUGCUUGGUCAGUCACUUUUAGUGAGACAUUGCAGGUGAUGUGAAUAGUAAAAUGAUUUAAAGAUUUUGAAUGUAUGAUAUUUCGAAGAAUCUCAUGUUUCCCUGUAUUAAUGGAUAAAUGUGUCUGCAACUCUUAUUAGAUUAACGGAAAAUGAUCAGCCUUGGCAAAUUCAUCA